AUGCUAUCUGGCUGGGAGGGUUCAGCAUAUGAUGCGAGAGUACUUGCGUCCGCGUUAGAUCACCCGCGGAAACGAUUUCCGAUUCCGCCACCAGGAAAAUUCUACCUCGUCGACUCAGGCUACGCAAACAACGGAUGUUUCAUGGCACCAUAUCGGGGAACAACAUACCAUUUGCAAGAGUAUAGGAAUCGACGGGGUAGAGGCUUCCGCAGUGAACGUGAAUUGUUCAACUACACGCACUCCUCCCUGCGUAAUGUAAUCGAAAGAACAUUUAGUGUGUGGAAGGCCAGAUUUCGUAUUUUGAAAACCAUUAACCGUUACCCCAUUGAAAAACUAUUAGAUCAGUACUCACAGGAUGGCGUUCCAGUUGCUGACAUUGAUCCAUAG